CAUUUCUAUCAUCACAGAGAAAACUAGAGAGAGAGAGAUGAGUGAGAGUAGAGAAGUGCCAAGGAGAGAGAGUCCAUGGGGAAGGCCUGAAGGUGACACGCGUCAACCUGUCGCUCAUCGCUGCAACGAUCGUGUUGAAGACGUUGUUCAAGCAUGUUUUGAAGGAAACCCUUUUAAGACGGUUCCGGGCCCUUUCAAGCUAUUCUGGCAAUGCAUGCAAUCUAAACCCGGGGAGGAACCUACCGACCCAUUUUACUAUUUGCAAUUGGCACCCCCAACUAGAGAAGUGAAAAUUGAGUAAGUUUGCUAUAGAGUACAAUGAAAUCUGCUGUGAGGUUGGUUUGUUGUUUUGACUCGGAUUUUGGUGUGUUUGAAUAGUAUGCCAAUGGAGAAUAAAAACACCUUGUUUUGCUUUUGUUCUAAGACGUGUGUGAACUUCAUAUCUACCUAUGGAUUAGUUAAUUCAAGAUAGUUUCUAUCCUUUCACCUUAUUAUGUAACUUUACUCGAUCAUCAUUUAUUCGUUUUGCCUCUAAUUUA